GCAAACUGGAAAACGCCGCCGUUUUUGUAUACCACCUAAACAUAUGUCUUGGGACGACCAAUAAUUGCUUUCGUUGAUUCCUUCUCCCUUUCCUUUUUUUCCCUUCUCUCGGUCGUUUUUCGAUUCUUCUCGCAAAAUAUCUUCUCCCAGAUAUUUUCUUCUCCGACACUAUUCAUCUCCUCCUCCUUUCGGAUUCAAGCUCAUUUUUUCUCUCCGAGUUGCGGAUUUGAGCGCGUAAUCGGCGAAGUCGUCGGGGUUUUUAGUUCUGUGAUGUGAUCGUGAGGUAUCGGAGAAAGAACCGUAGAUGGAUCUGACGGCUAUGGCAGCGGGGCCGGCGAUGGACUUGCCGAUCAUGCACGACAGUGACCGCUACGAUUUUGUCAAGGACAUCGGGUCCGGUAAUUUUGGCGUUGCCCGGCUCAUGAGGGAUAAGGUCACCAAGGAGCUCGUUGCUGUUAAAUACAUCGAGAGAGGAGACAAGAUCGAUGAAAAUGUUCAAAGAGAAAUCAUAAACCACAGGUCAUUGAGGCAUCCCAAUAUUGUCAGGUUUAGAGAGGUCAUUUUGACACCUACCCAUCUGGCUAUUGUAAUGGAGUAUGCCUCUGGAGGAGAGCUUUACGCACGGAUUUGCAAUGCAGGCCGGUUUAGCGAAGACGAGGCUCGUUUCUUCUUUCAGCAGCUUAUAUCUGGUGUCAGCUAUUGUCAUGCAAUGCAAGUCUGCCAUCGUGAUCUGAAGCUGGAAAACACGUUGUUGGACGGAAGUCCUGCUCCUCGGUUAAAAAUUUGUGAUUUUGGAUAUUCCAAGUCAUCUGUUCUUCAUUCACAACCAAAGUCAACUGUUGGUACCCCUGCAUACAUUGCUCCGGAGGUGUUGCUUAGACAGGAAUAUGAUGGCAAGAUUGCAGAUGUAUGGUCAUGCGGUGUAACCCUAUACGUUAUGUUGGUUGGAGCAUAUCCAUUCGAGGAUCCCGAAGAGCCAAGGGAUUAUCGAAAGACAAUACAAAGAAUCCUCAGUGUCAAAUACUCAAUACCCGAGGAUAUCCAGCUUUCAUCUGAAUGCCGUCAUCUCAUAUCAAGAAUCUUUGUAGCCGAUCCUGCAGCAAGGAUAACGAUUCCGGAGAUCAAAGCUCACGAAUGGUUCUUGAAGAAUAUCCCGGCCGAUCUAAUGGAUGAGAACACGAUGGGUAACCAGUUUGAAGAGCCUGACCAGCCCGUGCAAAGUCUCGAUACCAUCAUGCAGAUAAUUUCCGAGGCCACCAUCCCAUCGAUCCGUAACCGCCGCCUCGAUGAUUACAUGGCCGAUAACUUCUAUCUCGAUGAUGAUGACGAUGACAUGGACGACUUGGAUUCCGAAUCUGAGAUCGACGUUGACAGCAGCGGCGAGAUAGUUUAUGCUCUGCAAUAGUCGAACCCGUUGUAUGAUUGUACUCCUUGUUCUUGUCCGUAUGCAAACCGUACCGUUCUGUUUUUGCUGUUGUUCGGAUAACGUGUUGAUUGGAGGAGUUUUGUUAGGUUUUUGCCUCUUUUCCCUCUGUCCCAA